CAAUUUAAUCACUUCAAAAUAGGAUCUUAGAUUCACCAAAAAAACCUAGUCUUUACUUCACUUGUUAAACCGUCCCAUUCUUCACGCCCUGCUUUCUCAUUCUUUCCUUCUCUCUCUCCUCUCUCUCUCUCUAGAAUUUUUCACAUGCACUGAAAAAAAAAAAAAAAAAAAAGAAGCUGUGCUACAAUUUCCAGUUCUUGGUUUCCUACAAGGGUUUUGGGUUUGCAAGAUUUUGUGAUCUUCGUUAUUUUCAAGGGAGGAGAAGAGUAAAUAAGAAAGAAAAAGCACUUUUUCUGAUCUGGGCUUUUGCUUUUUUCGAAGUUGAGUUGGUAAAGCGAUCGAUGGAUUCGUGUUGUGCCGCCAUUAAAGCUAAGGUGAGCCCUGUAGAAAUCAAUGGCGGUUCGAUGAGGAGUGAGAAAGUACUUUUAGGAGAGAGAGUGAGAGGUAGCUUGAAAAGCAAAAAUGCCUUUGGAGCAAGAACUUGCAUAAUUCUGAACAGAAAAAGAAGCAGAAAUUGCUACCCUGGAGUUGCGUUCUCUGUUCUAACCCGCGAUAUAAACAAGGAAAUGGCGGCAUUUGAAUCUUCGUCGUUUAUCGACGAGAACCCGAAGGCAGAUCCGGGAACGGUUGCUUCGAUAAUCUUGGGUGGCGGCGCCGGCACUCGUCUCUUUCCUCUUACAAACAGAAGAGCUAAACCAGCUGUCCCGAUUGGAGGUUGUUACAGGCUCAUCGAUGUACCGAUGAGCAAUUGUAUCAAUAGUGGGAUUAGAAAGAUUUUCAUUAUGACUCAAUUCAAUUCUUUCUCUCUGAAUCGACACCUUGCUCGGACGUAUAAUUUCGGAAAUGGUGUCAAUUUUGGUGAUGGCUUUGUCGAGGUUUUAGCUGCCACGCAGACACCGGGCGAAGCAGGAAAGAAAUGGUUUCAAGGAACUGCCGAUGCUGUUCGACAAUUUAUAUGGGUUUUCGAGGCUGCCAAGACUAAAAAUGUUGAGCACAUUUUAAUUUUGUCGGGUGACCAUCUUUACCGAAUGGAUUACAUGGACUUUGUUCAGAAGCAUAUAGACACAAAGGCAGAUAUUACCGUUUCGUGUGUACCCAUGGAUAAUAGCCGAGCCUCGGAUUACGGGUUGAUGAAAAUUGAUGAAACGGGUCGAAUCGUUCAAUUUGCCGAGAAACCAAAGGGCUCUGCUCUACAAUCAAUGCAAGUGGACACUUCGAUUUUGGGACUUACUCCUCAAGAAGCUGCGAGCUUUCCCUACAUUGCAUCGAUGGGAGUUUACGUGUUUAGAACUGAUGUUUUGCUAAAGCUUUUGCGAUUUUCUUAUCCUUCGUGCAACGACUUUGGCUCUGAAAUUAUUCCUUCUGCUGUGAAGGAUCACAAUGUUCAGGCAUACUUAUUUAGUGACUAUUGGGAAGACAUUGGAACAAUAAAGUCGUUCUUCGAUGCCAAUUUGGCCCUCACCGAGCAGCCUUCGAAAUUUGAUUUUAACGAUCCGAAGACACCUUUCUACACAUCUCCAAGAUUCUUGCCUCCUACAAAAGUCGAACAAUGCAGGAUAGUGGAUGCAAUAAUUUCCCACGGUUGCUUCUUGCGGGAAUGCAGCGUCGAGCACUCUAUCGUAGGCGUAAGAUCCCGUUUGGACUAUGGCGUUGAGCUUAAGGAUACUAUGAUGAUGGGAGCCGACUACUAUCAAACAGAAUCCGAAAUCGCGUCUCUGCUGGCACAAGGGAAGGUUCCUAUUGGGGUUGGACAUAACUCCAAAAUCAGUAAUUGCAUAAUCGACAAGAAUGCGAAGAUCGGAAAGAAUGUGAUCAUCGCAAAUAAAGACGGCGUGGAAGAAGCCGAGAGGGCCGAUGAAGGAUUCUACAUACGAUCGGGAAUCACAGUUAUACUGAAGAAUUCGACCAUUAAAGAUGGAACGAUCAUUUAAUAAGAUCUGCAUUUUCAUGCUGAGAUUGAACUCAAGAAAGUUAAUUCUGUUUUUUUUUCUUUCUAAUUCCUAUAAAUAAAAUUAGAACCCUAUUUUCAUUUGUAAAUAUCUAGUUUUAACAAAACUAAUCCAUGAAUAAUUAUUGGCCUUUUGGACUAGAUUUUCUCUUCA